UGUUGCUGCCUUGCUGCCUUACCGCCUUGCUGCCUGGCGGAGUCUUGGCACAUCCGGAUCGCCUUGAUUCUCCGGCGGUCGGUCUUCCUUCACUCUUCACAAAGCCACAUUUCAGCAGGUCCUGGGCGACUUUCGAUUCACAGCACCGUUACCUUACCCCGAACCCAGUUACUUUUUUGCUAGAUCACCCAUCAUGCCUCGUGCCGUCAGAGGAGUCCUCAUUGAGUGCGAUCCGUCCGUGAAAGCUAUCAUUCUCAAAUACGACGAAGAAAGACACGACUACAUCGUUGAAGACCUGGAUGAUGACCGCCAUUUGGUCAUCAAGGAGAGCCAGUUACAGAAUCUGAAGGCGAGGUUGACAAAGGAGCUUGAUGAUAAGGUGAUGCAGCCUGAUGAGUCGGAAUCGGAGUGAUUUACAAUAUUUCUUGAUCCGGAGUAUGCGAGGAUGCGAUCGCCCGCGGCAAUAUACCGAUCCUUAUCGCGCGUUUAACAGACUGGUGGGAGACACGCUAUGAGGGUCCGUGGUCGCGAAUUUGCAGGUCUAAUGCUGGACUUGGCCCACUGAGCUUGGCGACUCAGUGUUUCAGCAUUCUUGAUGCUGGGUGGGCUGCGCUUGGUCCUAAGUUUU